GGGACUCGCCGCGCCGCUGCUGCCCGGCGCCUGGUCCCGACCGCACGCGAGCCGCGGGGAGUCGCCGCUGGAGAGGGGGCUCGGCGCCCGGCGAGGACUGCAGAGCCCUGCUGCCUGCUGCCGUCUGCCUACUGCCGGGCCCUCGCGGGGACCCCGUCACCUGGCAGCCUCCGCGACUACAGGGCUGACUGCACUGGGGCCGUGUGCUCCGCGACACCAGCUGCUCCCCGAGCCCAGGGCUGUCCAGGCUGACCGGCGUCUAUCCCCUGCACCCCCCACCUGCAGGCGAUGACUCAGGAUGCAGCCAGGGGCCACGACGUGCACGGAGGACCGCAUCCAGCAUGCACUGGAGCGCUGCCUGCAUGGGCUCAGCCUCAGCCGCUGCUCCACCUCCUGGUCCGCUGGCCUGUGUCUCAAUUGCUGGAGCCUGCAGGAGCUGGUCAGCAGGGACCCAGGCCACUUCCUCAUCCUCCUGGAGCAGAUCCUGCAGAAAACCCGAGAGGUCCAAGAGAAGGGCACUUAUGACCUUCUGGCCCCCCUGGCCCUGCUCUUCUACUCCACUGUCCUCUGCACGCCACACUUCCCACCAGAUUCAGAUCUCCUUCUGAAAGCAGCCAGAACCUACCACCGAUUCCUGACCUGGCCUGUUCCUUACUGCAGCAUCUGCCAGGAGCUGCUCACCUUCAUUGAUGCUGAACUCAAGGCCCCAGGAAUCUCCUACCAGCGACUGGUGAGGGCGGAGCAGGGCCUGCCCAUCAGAAGUCACCGCAGCUCUACCGUCACCGUGCUGUUGCUGAAUCCAGUGGAGGUCCAAGCCGAGUUCCUCGCGGUGGCCAACAAGCUGAGCACUCCUGGGCACUCGCCCCAUAGCGCCUACACCACCCUGCUCUUGCACGCCUUCCAGGCCACCUUUGGGGCCCACUGUGACCUGCCAGGGCUGCACUGCAGGCUGCAGUCCAAGAGCCUGGCCGAGCUUGAGGACAUCUUCACGGAGACUGCAGAAGCUCAGGAGCUGGCCUCGGGCAUUGGGGACGCAGCCGAGGCCCGGCAGUGGCUCAGGACCAAGCUGCAGGCAGUAGGAGAGAAAGCUGGCUUCCCCGGUGUCUUAGACACUGCCAAACCUGGCCAGCUCCGCACCAUCCCCAUCCCUGUCGCCAGGUGCCACACCUACAGCUGGAACCAGGACAGCUUUGACAUCCUGCAGGAAAUCCUGCUCAAGGAACAGGAGCUGCUCCAGCCAGGGAUCCUGGGGGACGAUGAGCAGGAGGAGGAGGAGGAGGAAGAGGAGGAGGAGGACUUGGAAACGGAUGGGCACUGUGCCCAGAGGGAUUCGGUGCUCUCCACCGGCUCGGCGGUCUUCCAUGACUCAACCCUGUCCCUCAGCUCACCCCAGGCUUCAGGGCCCGCCCUCUCCCGCCAGCUGCUGACCUCGUUCGUCUCGGGCCUGUCGGAUGGCGUGGACAGCGGCUACAUGGAGGACAGCGAGGAGAGCUCCUCCGAGUGGCCCGCGAGCCCUGGCAGCCAGGAGCGCUGGGGCCACCGCAGGCCGGGGCAGAAGUUCAACAGGAUCUAUAAACUCUUCAAGAGCACCAGCCAGCUGGUGCUGCGGAGGGACUCCCGGGGCCCCGAGGGGGGUGCGGACACAGCCCUGCCCCUGCGGCGGGCGGGGAGCCUCUGCAGCCCCCUGGACGGCCUGGGAGUGCCCCCCGCGCGGGCCCAGCGCUCCCGCUCGCUGCCCCAGCCCAAGCUCAGCGCCCAGCUGCCCAGCUGGCUCCUGGCCCCCGCCUCGCGCCACCAGCGCCGCCGCCCCUUCCUGAGCGGGGACGAGGACCCCAAGGCAUCCACGCUGCGCGUUGUGGUCUUCGGCUCUGAUCGCAUCUCGGGGAAGGUGGCCCGGGCAUACAGCAAGCUGCGGCGGCUGGAGAGCAAUCGCCCACUCCUCACACGGUUCUUCAAGCUUCAAUUUUUCUACGUACCCAUGAAGCGAAGCCAUGGGACUGGCUCCAGCACCUGCCCUGCUCCUGCAAGCCAGGCGCCCCCGCUCCCCACGGACUCCCCAAAGCACUCUAGCCCUGCGGAGCUGGAGAGCACCAAUGAUAUCUCCCACUACCUCGGCAUGCUCGACCCCUGGUAUGAGCGCAACGUACUAGGCCUCAUGCACCUGCCCCCUGAAGUCCUGUGCCAACAGUCUCUGAAGGCUGAGUCCCGGCCCCUGGAGGGCUCCUCUGCCCAGCUGCCCAUCCUGGCGGACAUGCUGCUCUACUACUGCCGCUUCGCUGCCCGGCCAGUGCUGCUGCAGGUCUAUCAGACGGAGCUGACUUUCAUCACCGGGGAGAAGAUGACAGAGAUCUUCAUCCACUCCCUGGAGCUGGGUCACUCUGCUGCCACACGUGCCAUCAAGGCUUCGGGUCCUGGCAGCAAGCGUUUGGGCAUCGAUGGGGACCGCGAGGCCGUCCCUCUAACACUACAGAUUAUUUACAGCAAGGGAGCCAUCAGUGGACGAAGCCGCUGGAGUAACAUGGAGAAGGUGUGCACAUCCAUCACCCUGAACAAAGCCUGCCGGAAGCAGGAGGAGCUAGACUCCAGCACCGAGGCUCUGACGCUAAAUCUGACCGAAGUGGUGAAAAGACAGAACCCUAAGUCCAAGAAGGGCUUCAACCAGAUUAGCACGUCCCAGAUCAAAGUGGACAAAGUGCAGAUCAUCGGCUCCAACGGCUGCCCCUUUGCCGUGUGCCUGGACCAGGAUGAGAGGAAGAUCCUGCAGAGCGUGGUCCGGUGUGAGGUCUCACCCUGCUACAAGCCAGAGAAGAGCAGCCUCCGCCCCCAACCCCAGAGGUCCCCUGACCUGCCGGCCCAGGAGGCGCCCGACCUCUGCUCCCUCCUCUGCCUGCCCAUCAUGACCUUCAGCGGAGCUCUGCCCUAGGGGGGCCCUCACCAGCAGCCAGGGCAGGAAGCCCUGCGGCAGGCAGCCUCCUCGGAGCCCCAACCCACGUGGUGGCCACUAGGGUCCCGCUCCCUGUGGAGAACUGGAUGGCCCUCUGUUGGAUCAGGUCCUGCUGUGGGCCCUGCAGCGGACAGCGGCCUGGAGGUUUCUGGGCCCUUGGGGCUGUUUAGGAAAGACGCAGGCAUUAGGGAGACAGCGGCUGACACCACACUGCCCCUCAGAUUACUCACAGUAGACAAGAGAGGGAUGGAUGAGCUGACUUCCCAAGGCCUUGACCACUGGCGUGGUCUAGGAUCCUUUCUAGAAAGAUCUGAGGCUCUGGUGCUCUGGUGGUACCCUUUGUAUCUGGGGUUCGGGUGGUAGAAUCAAUAAUGGGAAUUUCUUCCCAGACCUUCAGUACCUUCCGUCUCUCUCUCUUUCUCUCUCUCUCUCUUUUUCUCACAAGUUCUCUGGAUCCUUUGAAAAACAGCACUAAUAUUUUACCUGUCUACGGUCAGGACCCAGAACACAUUCUCUCGGGAGACCUUUUCUGGAUCUGACAGCUUUGGGAGACAGGACAGACAUAGAUUCAACAGCAGCUCAGUUACCUUCUAGCUAAACAGCCAGAAGGAAGUGAUUUGGCUUCUCUGAGCCUCUACUUCCUCAGUGCUAAGACCUUGAGGGGUUGAAAUUGUCUCCAAAGCACCUGGCCCAGUGGCUGGCUGGUAGCUGGAGCUCCCUCGGUACAGAUCAGUGGCCUUGCCCUUCUGCGCCGACUCCCCCUGCCUGGCGCUGGGAUACUCUCACCAUCUCUCCGAUGCUCUUUAUUCACCCUUGAGGCAGGACCAAGACUAAGAGGGGCAAGGAGUGGUCAGUUUUACUCUUUGGAGGAGGAAUGGCCUUGGCGAGGGUAAGAGGGGGGUUGGCACAAGUGCCCCCAGCCCUCACCGACUUCUCAACCCAGGUUGGGCCCCGUCACACCUGACGUUGGUGCACAUUGCAUAUGGAAUCUCCCAGCCCACAAGUCCAUUGGCACCCAUUCUCGUGCCUGGGUGAGAUCCCAGAGGGGUGGGUUGAGAACACGGCCUCCAGGGCUUCAUGCCUGGCUGGGAGACAUGGGUGACAGGAUGUGAGAGCCAAAAAUGUAAAGCUGCCAGGUUGGAGUGGUUGGGGAGCUGGAAGCAAAUGAGGGAUAGGGUAAUAUCGGGGAGGGCAGGGCUGAGGACCAGGAUGUGGGCAGUCGGUACAGGUGGAGAAAGAAGCCAUGGAAAAAGAUGACUUAACCGGCCCAGAGCCCCUCCUUCCACUCCUCCUGCUUCACUUGGCUCCAAAGGUUCUGUGCUUGCAGGAGCCCCUGAAACCCCAACCCAGAGUACUCACUACUGGAGAGGAGCAAACGGAGCCAGCUCCUACCCUGUGUCGCUGUUCCUCCCCGGUCCUUGCCAUCUGCACUUGCUCCAGACUCCAGAGAGGAGCGGUCUGCCAGAUACAUUCCAUGGUUUUCUUGUUGCGUGAGAAGGUCGUGCUACUACAUGAUAAACAAGAUA